CCCGACCAUGUCGGCCCUCCACAUCCCCCCCGAAACGUGGAGGCACCUCCUGCGCUCCUUGCUCCGCGAAUGCUCCUAUCUCCCGGACCCUGUCGCCAGAUUGUCGAUGAAAGCCGAUGUCCUGAGCCGAUAUCAACGAUACUACCAGGGCCCGAAAUCCAAGUCCAAGAACAAACCCAAGGCCAUCCCCGAGGAGAAAACCCUUAAACAGAUCGCCCUCCACAGAACAGCUCAUCAGCGGCUUUCGCUGCUCAAACGCGCCAAUGAGGGAUACUAUAAGCCACUGGAGGAGGUCCUGCAGAUGGCCUAUGGCCGCCGAGGGAAACGCAGAAUACAGCUGGUCAACGCGCUGAUUGCCCCGAAGGACGCCCCGGGGGAGGAGGUCAUCGGGCAGGUGGCAGAGCCACCACCUGACAUGUUCUCGGACGGGUGGACGCCGCCGAAAAUCAUGGUCGAUCUUUUGAACUCGCAAAGGAACAGUGAGAUUAUAUCCACGAUGAAUUCCAGUGCUGGCAUCAAGCAUACCCGGCCGCAUAUCCCGAAGGUGAACAUCUGGGGGAAAGAACUCUCGCCAUCCCGUCAGAGAAACAUCAAAAAGAAAUGGUACAAUACGAUGGUGCACACUAUAUUCCCGCCUCUGCCCGACACGGAGCUCCGGGCAUUAGAAGGCCUGAUAUCGGGGGAAAUACCGUGGACGGCCCCAAAAAGAAGAACACCGGUUGGAGAAACUUCUUCCGCUGCCGUCAAAUCCAGCCUGGAUGUGGAGUUCCUGACGAAGGGGCCGCAGAAACAAGAGACUUUCACACACUAUACAAAUGGGCGACCUCAUAAGAUUACGCAUCGACUUAUGCGUAGGCUCUGGAAACGCAUAUCGUGUCUGGUCCCUCGUCAACAGUGGAAUGACACGUACAAAAAGAGCUAUUUCACGUGGGACGUGCUCCAUUCGUCGCCCUGCGUCGUCGUCCCACUGAAAGAGAGCAUGUCGGCUGAGCUGUUCCAAGGCAUCGAUGCUAAAGGGAGUGUUGCCAAAGAACCGAGUAAGAGGCACAUCAUCGAAGAACAGUCGACAGAGAGCACGGUUGAAGAGCAGCCGAAAGAGAGUGUAGUCGAGACUGAGACGCAACCAGAGCAAGACGAGCAGGCAGCCGAAGAACAACCCCCGAAAUAUCCGAGUGCGCCGCAGGUCGAGCCACAACGAUGAGGAUUGCAAACAACUAGAUACAAUACAAAUACGAAGGAGACCUAAUAACAUCACC